CCGCGGUUGCAGCCCGAGAAAAGUUGUCCGGACCGGUUCAGGAGCAGCCGCGGGAGCCGGAGCGCUGCCUGGGGCGGCCCCGGGUAUGGGGCAACCGGCGCGGGCCCCGGGCUGGCGAUGGAUGGCGUGACAGCGGCCACAAUGCGCUCCGAGGGCGCGGCCCCGAGGCGGGCCGCGCGGUACGGGGCGCUAAGCCUGGUGCUGGCCACGCUGCUGGGCCAAGUGAUAGAAAGCCGAGGAGUCAUGGAUAAUGCUCAGAGAUUCUCUUCCUUGCCUCCAUACCUGCCGGUAAGCUUCCGUGUCCUCAGAGCCGAAACCGCCUUUUUCCUAAGGGAGGCCAACCCUGACCCAUUGCGGAAUGCCAGCCUGCAGUCCAGGACGGAGUCUUUCUUCACUUACAAGGCCGAGCAGCCCCCGAUAUUAAAUGUCAGCUAUGGGCCCUACUCUGCAGAAAAGGUCAUGCCUCUGGACUUGAUGUUGAACCCCAACUUUCUAGGCCCAACCAAUAAGUUUCCUUUUGACUGGAGGCUGAAGGCCUACAUCCUCCAAGAGAAAGUCUACCCGAGCCAUCCCAAAGUUCAGGUGCUCUUCCACAUCGUGGGCCGAGACUGGGAUAACCACAGGGACGAGAAGCUACCCUGCCUUCGGAUCUUUGCUUUCCGAGAUACCCGGGAGGUUCGAGGUAGCUGCCGGCUGGGCGGGGCCUUGGGGCUGUGCGUGGCCCAGCUGGAGAUGCUGCCGGGCUGGUUCAAUCCCCCACCGGUGGUGUCUGGGCGCAGGAGGCCCACGGAGCAGUCAGAGGGGAGUCCCGUGGAACUGUAUUAUUCUGUACAGCCAGGGGAUGAGCGAGGGGACUGCACCGGAGGUGACACCAGGAAGGACAAUGCCAUUCGUCCAGGAAAGGACGGACAGGAGGACAGGACAUCCCACCUGCAGAAGAUUGGCUCUAUUAGCCUUUAUCGAACCCAGGACAGCACCCAGCUCAGCGAACUGCGACUGGAUGGGAAUGUGGUCAUCUGGCUGCCCUCCCAGCCCGUCAAGCAAGGAGACAUAGUCACCGCAUCUGUCACCAUCGCCAAUAACUCUACUGUGGACCAUUUCAUCCUAAGAGCCAAGGUAAAGAAGGGGGUGAACAUUCUGACUGCACAGACCAGUGAGCCUCGGCAGUGGGAUGUGAGGCAAGAGGUGGGCAACGGAGGGAAACACACCACCACCUCCGUGUCCUGCCAGCGCCUGGGCCCUGGGGCACGAAAUAGAAGCAGCAAUUUAUUCAAUGAGGUCAUGCAGAUGAAUUUCGAAAUCGCCAGCUUCAGCAGCCUCUCAGGGACACAGCCCAUCACCUGGCAGGUGGAGUACCCGAGGAAGGGGACCACAGACAUCGCCGUGUCUGAGAUCUUCAUCAGCCAGAAGGACCUGGUCGCCAUCGUCCCCCUCGCUAUGGACACUGAACUCCUGAACACAGCCAUCCUCACGGGGAAGACGGUGGCCAUGCCCGUGAGGGUGGUGUCGGUGGAGGAGAACUGCACCGUGAGAGACAUCUCAGAGCUGGCGGAGUGCAAAGCCAUGGAUGAGAAUGUCAUCAAGGUCUCAGACCACUGUGACUAUGUCUUUGUCAACGGUAAAGAGAUCAAGGGCAAGGUGGACUCGGUGGUGAAUUUCACCUACCAGCACCUGAGCGCACUGCUGCAUGUCACCGUGUGGGUGCCACGGCUUCCCCUGCAGAUCGAGGUCUCUGACACGGAACUGAGCCAGAUUAAGGGCUGGCGAGUCCCCAUCGUGGCCAGCAAGAGGCCCACUCGGGACAGUGAGGAGGAAGAAGAGGAAGAACAGAGAGGCCGGGGUUGUGCCCUGCAGUUCCAGCAUGCCACAGUGCGCGUCCUCACCCAGUUUGUAUCAGAAAGUGCUGGGCCCUGGGGCCAGUUGAGCCACCUUCUCAGUCCAGACUGGCAGUUUGACAUCACCCACUUGGUGGCUGACUUCAUGAAGCUGGAGUCCCCACACAUCGCCACCUUGCAGGAUAGCAGGGUCUUGGUUGGGCGGGAAGUCGGAAUGACCACUAUCCAGGUGCUGUCGCCCCUGUCCGACUCCAUCUUGGCCGAGAAGACAGUAACUGUGCUGGACGACAAAGUGUCCGUGACAGACUUGGCUGUGCAGGUGGUGGCUGGGCUGUCCAUCACCCUGCACCCCAUCUCAGAGAACAACAAGGCCACCUCAGCCGUAGCCACAGCAGAGGAACUGCUGCGUGCCCCCAAACAGCUCAUUGCUCUCUCCUGGGUUGAGAAGGUGCUGGUCAGACCGAAUCAACUGCUCCCUCGUAUAUCCCUAAUAAUCCACAGCCCACAGUCGGUGCAACCUUGCCUGCUCUCUGUCUCCACUUCCCCACCCCAAGCUCUUUGGACCUCCUACAUGCUACCUCCUUGAAAAGCUCUUCCGGGAUUCUGCCCUUGCCAUUCCUCUAGCCUGAGAUGUGUUGCUCGGGGCUUCCUCACCUCUGAACAUUGCCUUGGCUCCUUCCCAGCCUUGGUUUCAACACCCCUCACUCCUGUUCACUAAUGUCAUCUCUGCAGCCUGGUCCAUCUCUGCCUGCUCACCACUUCAGUUAUGCGCUUGCUACCCCUUGGAAUCUUUAUUAACAUACACCUUUGAAUGUAUGUCAAAAGGGAAAGGAGCUACAAGGAUUAACUUUGCAUGACCGCAAAGCUUUGCAGAGCUGACCCUCGGUUGUGAAUAGAAGGCUCACAGCCAACGCCAUUGCAAGUGAAUGGAAACCGGGAAGCUGGCAGGAAGGGAGGAAGGAACACAGAGAGCCCCACACACUUCUGUAGUAAAGAAGAUCCUGGAGGAAGUGGCUCUGGGAAGGUCCCACUAGGGUAGCCACAGCACCUCAGUCCUUAGAGAGGGAGCAUCUCACAUUUGAUGAUUAAAUUAGAAGCAACUAGCAUGUGCUACAGAGGAUGUCUCUGUCACCAUUCUCUCCAAGAGUGAUGGUCACUGUCCGUCAUUGUCAGACCAGAAGCAGUGGGGACCUUGGCACUUUCACAGGACUGGCUCCAUGUUUGCUCAGGCACCUGGCUUCAGAGCCGGUUCCCGUGGGUGACACACAACCAGGAGAAGUUGGCAAAGCUACAGUUAAACCCCACUGUGGACAAGAUGUGCCAGGAGGUUGGCCUACCAUGGCUGGGACCAGCAGUGGGCUCUAGACCUGAAAGAAUAGCAAUGGAGUCUACAGUCCUUCAUGUUCCACAAUAGGAACGACACAGUAUCUGUGGAAGUGUGCAUACUCCUGAUCCACAACACAGUGGCCCUAGGGAGCGGACAGAGCAAAGCCGUGGAGGUUAGCUAGGUGCUUCUGCUUCAAGGGAAGACCAGAGCACCAUGCAGGGAUUCACCACAGACAGACAUAGGCUUCCGGUUCCCCUGUCUACGUGGCUGAGUUAGUGGUGCAAAUAGGUGACUCAGGCUGCGUGACAUCCACAUGGCCACCUCCUCCCAGCAGUAGGCUCCCGGAAGAACUCUGGGAUGGUAUUCAGCACACAGCAGUGUAUCAGCUAGCUACUGCUGUGUAACAGCCAUGACUGCUUAACUAUCCACGUUUUGUGGAAGCUUGGCCAGGGCCAGCAUUCAAGGGGUCAUAAUGCUGUUUUCUCAUCCAGGGAAGGAUCUAUUUGCAGAGGUGUCGCUGAUGGGGGCAAGCUUCUCGCUGUGAUCAAUGAGGUCCCCAUCUCUGGGUCAGCUGUUAUAAUUGUCCAUGUACCUCUUACAGGUCCUGAUGGCCGUCAGUUCCCCUUUCCCCUACUUCCCCACUCUCUCCCACACACAUAGCCUGCCUCAUGCUCAUCCACCACCAGCAGGAGGAAUCAACGACCCUAAAGGAGGUUGUAACUUCAUCACCAGCCCCCUGCUAGGUAGCCCAGGAAGCCAUCCCUGUCCCAUAGGCAACUGUGGUGCAGAUGAGUCCAUUCCUGCCCCUGUGCCCAGCUCCUAGAAACCCUUUUGAGUUUGUCUUUGAAAAGCCAGUCUGCCUAGCACAGUGGGCAGUUGCUGCCUUUGAUUCUACACCUCAGCAGUACAGACUGGGUGUGUAUUCCAGCCAUGCCCAGUCCGUGGGGUCAGCUCCUCUGCCCUUCUUCCCUGAGGACAGGAAACGACAAGAUGCGUUCUGGUUUGUAAAGGAGCAAAUAAAAGAUGGGGUGGGGGAGGCUGGAGAGAUGGCUCAGCAGUUAAGAGCACGGAUUGCUCUUCCAGAGGUCCUGAGUUCAAUUCCCAGCAACCACAUGGUGGCUCACAACCAUCUGUAAUGGUAUCUGAUGCCCUCUUCUGGUGUGUCUGAAGACAACUACACUGUACUUAGAUAUAAUAACUAAAUAAAUCUUUAAAAGAGAGAGAGAGAUGGGGAGGGGGACUUGGUCAUUAAAGCUCUUGCUAUGCAAG